AAGUACUUAUGUAAGAUUUAUGUAAGUGAAUACAUAUCUUAAAUAAGAUAUAGCAUAAAUUAGUAUAGAAUGAAGUCUUUUAUAUAUACUCAUUGAAUUCUUUAUUUUGUAGUACAUAUAUACGUAUAUAGAAGGAAUUAUGUGGCAUUUAAAUGAGACAUUAAAUAACUAUGUAUCGUGACUUUGUGAUAAUUUAUCCAGUCAUUAGUAAAUUUCGCAUAAUUUUGAAAUAGAAUAAAUAGGCGACGAAAUUCGAUACCAUUAAUCAUUUUAGGUUAUAUUUUGUGAUAUUUGUUAAUUAAAAUAUGCGCGCAACUAUUGCGAUAUUGUGUGUUUUUCUUGGUUGUUGCAGUAAUGUUGUUUUCUUGGAACUUCUUGUUAAAGAUGAUCCAGGUAGUGGAAAUCUUAUCACAUUUUCACAGUUCCUUUUUAUAUCCAUAGAAGGGUUUUUAUUCACUUCAAAAUGUGGAACAGUAAAGCCUAAUAUAGGAAUAAAAGAUUAUUUUAUAUUAGUCACAAUGUUUUUUAUUGCAAAUGUUUGCAAUAAUUAUGCAUUUGAUUUUAAUAUACCUAUGCCGUUACAUAUGAUAUUCAGAGCUGGUUCUCUGAUAGCUAAUAUGAUUAUGGGUAUUAUUAUUUUAAACAAAAAAUAUGUCUUUAGUAAAUAUUUAUCUGUAUUUAUGAUAACUCUUGGAAUUGCAAUUUGUACUAUUGUUAGUGGAAAAGAAAUUAAAUCUUUACAACCUAAAAAUAUUGAGCAAGUACCAACUACACCAUGGGAUGAUUUUUUCUGGUGGAUAUUAGGAAUAUCAUUAUUAACUAUUGCAUUAUUUGUAUCUGCAAGAAUGGGAAUUUAUCAAGAAGUAUUACAUAAAAAAUAUGGAAAAAAUGCGAGAGAAGCAUUGUAUUACACGCAUUUAUUACCUUUACCAUUUUUUUUAACAUUGACUUCUAAUAUUUGGGAUCAUCUUAUAUAUGCUCUAGCAUCAGAUCCAAUAAAAAUAUCAAUUAUUAAUAUUCAAGUGCCAAAAUUAAUUGUAUAUCUUAUAGGAAAUAUUUUGACACAAUAUAUGUGUAUAAGUUCCGUUUUUGUAUUAACGACGGAAUGUACAUCUCUUACAGUAACAUUAGUAAUAACAUUACGGAAAUUUUUAUCUUUACUUUUUUCUAUAAUAUAUUUUAAAAAUCCAUUUACAAUUUAUCAUUGGAUUGGUACAAUCUUAGUCUUUACAGGAACAAUAAUAUUUACAGAAAUAUUACCAAAAAUUGCAGAAAGUUUACAAUUUACAGAAAAGACUAAGAAAGUUCAAUAAUAAAUAAUAUUAUUAAUUAUAUAAACAAAAA